CGCAUAUUUAUCCAAGAAAUUUACUCAAGCACAACGUAAAUGGUCUCCAAUGGAACAAGAAUGUUAUGCAUUUAUUUGUGCAUUAGACAAAUGGCAUAAUUAUUUAAGCGGAAUUAAAUUUACAUGGGAAACUGAUCACAAAGCAUUAACACAAUUGAAUCAAAAAGCACAAAUUAAUAAACGAUGUGAACGAUGGAGAUUGAAGAUUCUAGAAUAUGAUUUCAAGGUGAAAUAUAUUCCAGGUUUAACAAAUUCGAUGCCUGAUUAUUUAUCAAGGUCUCCCGUUGACGAUGCUGAAGAAGAUCCUGACGAAACUACACACUUCAUUUCAAAAUCAACACAAACUGAUAUUUUAUAUAAUAACGAAAAUUCACUCAUCAUCGCAGCUGUUCAAACUCGUGCUAUGAAAUUACGAAAUCAAACUUUAAAUGAUAUUGCAGAUAUAUCAAAAUUAAAAUCAGAUUCUCUAAAUACUUCUGUUAAAGAGAAUCGCAAAAUUCCAUUUUCAAUUGAAGAAUUAAUUCAAGCUCAACAAAAUGAUAAUUAUGCAAAAAAUAUUCUAAACAAUAUCAAGAAACAAAAAAAUUAUUUUAUAAAAGACAAUCUUUUAAUGCGUCGAUCAAAACCUCCAGUUCCUUAUGUACCACAAGAUGAUCUCCGAAGAACAAUUUUACAAAUUUAUCAUGAUACUGCAGCAAAUGGUGCUCAUUUUGGAAGAGAUAAAACAUUACACAAAAUUAAACAACGUUAUUUUUGGCCAUCAAUGUACAAAGAUAUUAAUAAUUAUAUUAAGUCAUGUAUUCCAUGUGCACAAUUUAAUCCUCGUCGACAGAAAAAUCCUGGUACAUUAAAACCUAUUAAACCUCCUGAUGGAGUCUGGCAAUUAGUAUCAAUGGAUUUCCAUGGACCUAUUACUCCAACAUCACAACGUGGAAAUAAAUAUAUUAUAUCUCUUACUGAUAUUUUAUCAAAAUUCGUCGUUACAAAGGCUGUAAGAGAUAAUACUGCUCAAACAGCCGUUAGAUUUCUUAAAGAAGAUAUUAUUUCAAAAUUUGGAACUCCUCGUUGUAUUCUUACUGACAAUGGAACUCAUUUUACUUCAACAUUAAUUGAUGAAUUAAUUAAACAAAUUGGAGCAACACAUUUAUACUCAACACCAUAUCAUCCUCAAACAAACGGUCAAGUUGAAAGAUUUAAUUCGACAAUGGAUGCAAAAAUUGCAGCUUUAUCAAAUUUACGUAAAACCGAUUGGGAUGAUCAAUUACCAUUCGUUACAUUUAAUUACAAUGCUUCAAUUCAUUCUUCAACGAAACAAAUACCAUUUGAAAUGAUGUAUGGUCGACUACCUGUUUUACCAUUUGAUUAUCAAGA